AUGGCUAGCGUUGACGUUUCUCAACUCUCAAAGCAAGAACAUGACGAGCUUACAUGCGCUUAUGCAGCUCUUCUCUUACACGAUGAUGGACUCGAAAUCACCGGUGAGAAAUUGGCUAAAGUUAUCAAGGCCAGCGGUAAUGAAGUUGAAGCUUACUGGCCAGCAUUGUUCGCUAAGGCUCUUAAGGGACAAAAUAUUGAAGAUUUAUUAUCUAACCUCGCCUCAGCUCCAUCUGCUGGUGGUGCUGGACCAGCAGUCACAGUUCAAGAGACUACCGCUGUUGCUGCCAAGCCCAAGGAAGAAGAAAAGAAAAAGGAGGAAGAAGCUGAUGUCGAUAUGGGUGGCCUUUUCGGAGAUGACUAUUGA